UCAAAAGCAUGCCCUUUCCGCCUGAAAUUGGAUUCAAAAUCACACCUCCGGCCCCAUCCACAGCUCUCCAACGGCUAAUUCUCUCCUUGCUCUCUCUAUCUUCCCGGCCGGUUUCGCCCGGUGUAGUGUCUAAUCUUCAUUCUCUCCCUCCUCCUCUUCUCGCUUCUGUAUCCCUGUCGCAAUGAAGCCGAUAGUACAACCGAGAAACGCCAUCUUGAGGGAGAACCAGGAGGUCUUGGUAGCCUCUCCCAACCCUAGCCCUGCAAAGCAGUUGCAGAAAUGGCCGACACCGCCGCUACCGAGUUCAGGUAGCAGUAGCAGGAAAAGAUCUUCCAAGGAGAAUGCUCCGCCGGCAUCAGAUCCGUACUCGUCACCUUCGACUGGUGCGAAGCUUAAGAGCCCGCUCCCUCCUCGGCCGCCGAACUCGAAUCCUCUGAAGCGCAAGCUUAUCGUCGAUUCGGCUGGGUCUGAGACUGCCGUUCCUGCGUCAUCCGACUCUGGAGUAAAAGUUAUAGUGAGAAUGAGGCCGCCAACUAAAGACGAGAAUGAGGGAGAUAUGACUGUUCAUAAAACCUCUAGCAAUUCUCUAUCGAUAACUGGACACAUAUUUACAUUUGAUUCUGUGGCAGACACUCAAUCAACACAGCUCGAUAUAUUCCAGCUUGUGGGGGCACCCCUUGUUGAAAAUUGCCUUGCAGGAUUCAACAGCUCUGUCUUUGCUUAUGGACAGACUGGGAGUGGGAAGACAUAUACAAUAUGGGGGCCAGCCAACGCCCUGUUGGAGGACAAAUUAUCAACUGACCAAGGCUUGACACCACGUGUUUUCCAGCACCUUUUUACACGAAUUGAGCAGGAGCAAAUUAAGCAUGCUGGCAAAGAGCUCAAGUACCAGUGCCGUUGCUCUUUUCUUGAGAUUUACAAUGAACAAAUCACUGAUUUGUUGGAUCCAAAUCCAAGAAACCUACAGAUUCGGGAAGAUGUAAAAACGGGUGUAUAUGUUGAAAAUCUGACGGAUGAGUGUGUUUCUACAAUGAAGGAUGUAAAACAUCUUUUGUUAAAGGGAUUGUCAAACAGGAGGACGGGAGCAACAAGUAUUAAUGCUGAGAGUUCUCGUUCCCAUAGUGUAUUUACAUGUGUGGUUGAAUCACGCUGCAAGAGCAAAGCAGAUGGAUUAAGCAGCCGAAAGACAAGUAGAAUAAAUCUUGUUGAUCUUGCCGGAUCAGAGCGACAAAAGCUGACUGGUGCAGCUGGAGAGAGGUUAAAGGAAGCAGGGAACAUCAAUCGAUCUCUUUCCCAACUUGGGAACUUAAUAAACAUUCUUGCGGAAGUUUCACAAACAGGGAAGCCAAGGCACAUUCCUUAUAGAGAUUCCAAGUUGACGUUUUUAUUGCAGGAAUCUCUAGGAGGAAACGCAAAACUGGCAAUGAUCUGUGCCAUUUCUCCAUCUCAAAGCUGUAAGAGUGAGACUUUUAGUACACUGAGAUUUGCCCAGCGAGCAAAGGCAAUCAAGAACAAGGCAGUUGUGAAUGAAGAAAUGCAGAAUGAUGUGAAUUUCUUGAGAGAUGUUAUACGGCAACUGAAGGAUGAGCUAAUUCAAAUGAAGGCCAAUCAAAGAGAUCAAAAUGGAAAUUAUUCUUCUGGAUGGAAUGCCCGGAGAAGCCUGAAUUUGUUAAAAUUCAGCCUUAAUCGAUCAGCCGCAUUGCCGUAUGUAGAUGAUGAUGGUGAUACACUAAUGGAGAUUGUUGAAGAAGCGGAAAGGUUGGAUCUUCAGUCCAAUAGGGGAAAUACUGGAACAGCAAAGGCAUGCACUGUAGAUGUUCAUGAAGAAAACAUGGACACAGAAAACACUCCGGAGAAGUCUCCAGUUUGCUUGAAGGAUGAUUCAGUGCCUAAUCUCAGUAUACUUCCAUGUGAUAUUCUCAAGUCUCCAACACCAAGUGUUUCACCAAAGAUGAAUACUAGCAGCAGUAGGAAAAGCCUUAAGACAUCAUCUAUGCUAACUGCCUCUGAAAAAAAUCUAAUAGAGAAUGAGUUGGAUGCUCCACAGCCACCCUUAACAAAGCCUUCGAGCAGCACCUGUUUGCAUUCUGCGUCAAGAAAAAGCAAAAACUGUUUUACAUCAACUGCACAUUUGGCUGCAAGUCUUCAUCGUGGUCUUGAAAUCAUUGGUAGUCAUUGCCAAAGUGUGUCCUCAAGAAAGUCAUCAUUCAGAUUCUCUUACAGACCUGCUGAACUUAGAGCAAUAGUGCCUGUUGCUAAAGUUGAUGUGGGUGUUCAAACUGCUCUUAAUGGCCAUGAACCACUCGAAGACGGUUCAAUAUAUUUAUGUAGUAAGUGCAAGACAAAUAAUUCUAUGCAAGCACUCAAUGAUGUCACGAGUGAUAGCUCGAAUCUGCAGUUGGUGCCUUUUGAUGGGUCACAGUCUUGCGAGAAAUUCAAGGUUCAAGUCCCUAAAGCAGUAGAGAAGGUUCUGGCAGGAGCUAUACGAAGAGAAAUGGCACUGGAAGAAAUAUGUUCUAAGCAAAACUCAGAAAUUUUGCAACUAAAUCGUUUGAUUCAGCAGUACAAACAUGAGCGAGAAUGCAACUCGAUAAUUAGUCAAACACGGGACGAUAAGAUUGUACGCUUAGAGAGCUUGAUGGAUGGGAUCCUAACAACUGAGGACUUUUUAGAGGAUGAGAUGAUGUCACUAACUCAUGAGCACAAGAUUCUGAUAGAAAAGUACGAAAACCAUCCUGAACUAUUGAGCACAAGAAUAGAGCUAUCUCGAGUUCAAGAUGAGCUGGAAAGGUAUCGUAACUUCUUUGACUUGGGUGAGCGGGAAGUUCUAUUGGAAGAGAUUCAGGAUUUGAGAAGUCAACUUCAGUUUUAUGUAGACUCAUCACCUAAGACAUCAAGAAUGCAAAGCCCAUUGCUGCAAUUAACAUAUGCAUGUGAGGCAAGUGUGGGAACAGAGCCCAUUUCUGCCAUCCCAGAACCCCCCGUAGAGGAUAAUGCCGAGCAUAUACUCGAGAGGGAGAGGUUGCAAUGGACAGAAACAGAGAGUAAGUGGAUUAGUCUUGUGGAAGAACUGAGAGUAGAGCUCGAAGCCAGCCGGAGACUCGGUCUUAAGCAAAAGACUGAACUUGAAAUGGAGAAGAAGUGUUCUGAAGAGCUAAAAGAAGCAAUGGAAAUGGCCAUGCAGGGCCAUGCAAGAAUGCUUGAACAAUAUGCUGACCUGGAAGAAAAACACAUCCAGUUGCUUUCUAGGCACAGAAAGAUCCAAGAUGGGAUCGAAGAUGUUAAGAAAGCAGCUGCCAAGGCAGGAGUAAGAGGUGCAGAAUCUAGAUUCAUAAAUGCUCUUGCUGCAGAGAUUUCUGCACUUAAAGUUGAAAGAGAAAAGGAGAAGCGGUUUUUCCAAGAAGAAAACAAAGGUCUUCAGUCCCAAUUAAGGGAUACUGCCGAAGCUGUUGAGGCUGCUGGUGAAUUGCUUGUUCGCCUUAAAGAAGCCGAGGAAACUGUUGAAGCUGCCGAGAAACGGGCUAUGGGCGCAGAGCAAGAAGCCAGCAAGGCUUACAAACAGAUCGAAAAAAUGAAGAAAAAGCACGAACACGAAAUCAACAGUCUGAAACGGUUAAUUGAAGAAUCUACUACUAGUAAACCACAUAAAGAAGCCGAACCACAGGUUUAUGAUUCACGAGAGACCCAGAACACUGUUGGGGAUCAACAGUGGAGGGAAGAGUUCGAGUCAUUCUAUCAGACUGAAGAUGAGCUCUCUAAAUUAGAUCCCUCUUCAUGGUUUUCUGGUUAUGACCGUUGCAACAUAUAGGAUUUUGAAAAAGAACAAAAAAAUUGAUGUUGUAUGUAUGGUACCAAUGUAAGUUUGUUAUAUACAAAAGUUUGGCUCAUUUUUUUUUACUUUUACCUUUACGGCACGGCACUAAUUGCUAGAUGAACAAUUACAAAUGUAUGUGUUUGGUAUAAUAUUUGUUCAGGGGGUGUUGUGGGACA